AUGAUUAGUGACAAAGAAACAUAUGAGGAAGCGAUCCAGUCACUAAACAACAUCUAUGUGCAACCCAAUAACGAGGUCUUUGCAAGGCACAAGUUAGCCACGUGCAGACAAGAACAGGGUCAAAGCGUUGACGCCUUUCUUCAAAAACUCCGCAGUCUAUCCAAGGAUUGCAACUUCAAAGCCGUGACAGCUGAGCGACAUCGUGACGAGUCCAUACGCAAUGCAUUCAUAACAGGUAUUGCCUCCAACAGCAUUAGAAAACGCCUCCUUGAGAAAACAGAUUUAAAGUUAAAGGAUGCAUUUGAGGAAGCCAGAGUACUUGAACACGCCUAUCAACAUUCGUUAUUGUACGAGUCACAGUCAGAAACCACUAGUGGGGCUACUACAAAUGCUGUAAGAGAACACCCUGCUGAUCCUGUCGCUCCCCAGUUGCCUGAUCUACGAGCCUCGAUUAAUUCGACUCAAACAAGACAAGAGGUAAGCACUAUAUCUAUCAAGUGUUACUUCUGUGGCAGAGGAAGACAUCCUCGUAAUGAGUGCCCCGCACGUGAAGCCACAUGUAAUCAGUGUGGCAAGAAGGGACAUUUUCAGAGAUCUUGCAAGUCAAGAAAAUCUACUGCAUUUGCCCUCGCUACGUUGCACUCUUUAGGACUAGGAAAAUCAACCUCCUUGAUCCUUCUCAAUGGGGUGCCACUUAAAGCCUUGAUAGACACUGGAAGCUGUGAGAGUUACGUGUCAGCUCGAGUUGCCAGGAAUCACAAAUGGCCGAUAAAAACCUCCGUGGACAGAAUAUUUAUGGCUUCUAAUAACCUGUCUCGAGUUACUGAAGGCCAUAUCUUUGCUACCAUUCAACUCAAAGAUGAAAAAUAUGAAAAUAUUAAACUGUCACUCUUAGAUGGAUUGUGUUCAGAUGUUAUUCUAGGUUUGGAUUUCAUAAGCCUACACGAGAAUCUACAGAUUCCCUUUAGUGGGAAGAGACCACCUCUGUGCGUAAGUACCCUUAGACCAGCCAAAGUAGAGGCGCCUAGUCUUUUUGGUAACUUAUCUCCAAACUGCACCCCAGUGGCAACUAAGUCACGCAGACACUCACUACUGGAAUCUAAGUUUAUUAAUGCUGAGAUUCAGAGACUACUCAAAGAAGAAGUAAUAGAACCCUCAAAGUCCCCCUGGCGGGCACAGGUUCUAAUAACAUCCAAUGAGAGGCACAAAAGACGUAUGGUUAUUGACUAUAGCCAGACGAUCAACAGAUUUACGCUGCUAGACGCCUAUCCCAUGCCAAGAAUGGAUGAAUUAGCGGAGAAGAUAUCACAGUUUUCUGUCUUCAGCACUCUGGACCUCAAAAAUGCUUAUCAUCAGAUCCCGAUUAAAGAAGAAGAAAGGCCAUAUACAGCUUUCGAGGCUGGGGGUAGACUUUACCAGUUUCGAAGAAUUCCAUUUGGAGUUACAAAUGGAGUGGCUUGUUUCAAGCGAACCAUAGAUAAAAUAAUCGAAGAUGAGCAACUAGAAAAUACAUUCGCUUAUGUGGACAAUGUGACCAUCUGUGGACAUGAUACUGAAUCUCAUGAUAGAAACCUGCAGAGAUUCUUCAAAGUAGCUCAGAAGUAUGGCAUUACCUUCAACGAAGCUAAAAGUGAGAUAGGAACACAUAGCGUCAGACUGCUGGGAUACGAAAUAUCUAAAGGUCAGCUCAAGCCUGACCCUGAAAGAUUCACAGCCUUGCGGGAAUUAAAUGCUCCGUCGAACCUGCGAGAACAGAAACGAAUAGUGGGCCUGCUGGCUUAUUAUUCUCUAUGGAUUCUCAGACAAAAUCAGCCUCUUAGCUAG